AUGGUUCCGAGCUCAGUGGGAGUGGAGUCGUCCGCCAUGAGGAAGAGGAGGGGGGGAGGGAUUGUUGACACCGGCUUGAGGGCGGGUGCGGUCAAAGGGGACAACACCACCUGGACGGGUGGUGCGGUCACGUUGCGUGCGGCGGCGACGGGUUACCCACAGCUGCGUUUGUGUCGCCCGCGGGUGCACGUCCGUCCGCGGAUGUGCCUCGUCGUCCGCGGGUGGCCGUCCGUCGGACAUCGCCGCAGUGGACGCGACCGCCCUCGUCGGCGGGAUGCGCCGCGGUGGUCGCGUCCGCCCUCGUCGGCGGGAUGCGCCGCGGCGAGGGAGGGGAGGGGAGGAGGGAGGGAGCGGGCUGCCGAUCACCGCGUCACCACCACCUGCGGCCCCGUCUCCGCCGCCUACGGCCCCGUCGCCAUCACUUGCAGCCCCGUCGCCGCCACCUGCGGCCCCGUCGCCGCCACCAGCGGCCCCGUCGCCGCCACCUGCAACCCCGUCGCCCCCAACUACGGCCACGCAGCCGCCACCUGCGGCCCCGUCGCCGCCACCUGUGGCCCCAUCGCCGCAAGGGACCACUUCCUCUCAGUUUGCCCCACCACUCUCACUGUUGACCUCCUCGAGAAGGGCCUCCUCGCAGCGGAGAAGAUCAUAGUCGCUGUAGGAGCCUCUUGUGGUGACCCUUGCACCCCCGUCUUUGAGGGUUGUUCCCCCUCCCCCCUCUUGCCCUCUGUUGCCUCUGCUGUUGCGGCCAACCUCGUUGGUUUCGAGUCGGUCGACGCAUCGUCUGCCCCAAGCGGGAGACGCCGCACCGGCAAGGGCAAGGGGGGCAAGGGCGCUGGAGGGGCUGGCGGGGGCGGUGGAGGUGGUGGUGGAGGCAAUGGAGGGGGUGGGGGUGGUGGUGGGAGUGGUGGCGGGGGUGGAGGUGUUGGUGGCAGCAGUGGAGGCGGAGGAGGCGGCGGCGGUGGAGGAGGGAGCGGAGGCGGCGGAGGUGGUGGAGGCGGCGGAGGCGGCGGAGGUGGCGGAGGCGGCGGCGGAAGCAGUGGACCUGGUCGCGGCUCUGCGCAAAGGAGUGGCUCCGGUGGUGGUACGUGCCAGCAGCAGCAGAGCAGUCGUGAGAUCCUGUCCCCUCAGCAGCUUCAUGAGUGGUACGCUGCGCGUCAGCGCGGUGGGGGUACAGGUCCCUGCACCUACGUUCUCCGCACCGGCGACCGCUGUGGUGAGCAGUGCGGGGGCCCGCAUGUUGUAUGA